CAGCGCAGCGUCGGUCCAGGUCCCAGCAGCUCCAUGGGGGGAGAAAAAAACCCGAGAGAGGAGACGAAUAACGGUACACUCCAGUAUUAAUGGAGCCGACCGCGCAUAUAACCGCACCGUGUCUCCUCCUGUGAUGCAUUCAGGAACAACAGUGUUGGGGAAACGGACGCGGUGAACGGCGUUUUUUUUUUUUGGGGGGGGCUGAAGAAAACAAGCGGUCCACCAUUGUCUGCGUAGAAAUAAGAAUGGCCUGGAUGUGGAAGAGGAAGUCGUUGAUCGCCACCAGUCUGAUCGUGGCGGUGUCGCUCUUCGUGGUCGUGGUGAACUACUCGGAGAAGCCCUACUUCCUCCUGCAGCCAAUGUUCGGGCAGACGUUCAGCAGCCACUGGAUGUUCUCCAAGCAGCCGUACAAGGCCUUCAAGCCUCACCUGGGCUAUGUUAGCAUCCCAAAACAGGAGCCUCUGAAGCUGCGCUGUGAGCUCUGCAGCAUCGUGUCCAGCUCUGGACAGAUGUUGGGCCAGGCUGCCGGCCUGCAGAUUGACCGCUCUCCCUGCAUCUGGCGGAUGAACAACGCGCCCACACGGGGCUUCGAACGUGAUGUGGGCCAGCGGACCACCUUGAGAGUUGUCUCUCACACCAGCGUCCCCCUGCUGCUGCAGAAGCCCCAGUACUUCUUCGGACAGGGCAACGACACCGUCUACGUCGUGUGGGGGCCGCUACGAAACAUGAGGAAGGAUGGGAAGGGCAUUGUGUACAACAUGCUGCGACAGGCGGCAGAGAACUACCCUCAUGCACGAAUCUACGUCACCACAGAGGACAGGAUGAACUACUGCGACAUGGUCUUCAAGAAGGAGACGGGAAAGGACAGGAUCCAGUCCGGCUCCUACCUCAGCACCGGCUGGUUCACGCUCAUCCUGGCCAUGGACAUGUGCAAAGAGAUCCAUAUCUACGGCAUGAUAAAUGACACCUACUGCAAGACGGAGGGUUACAAAAAGGUUCCCUACCACUACUACGAGGCAGGCAGUCGGGACGAGUGUGCAGAGUACAUGCUCCACGAGAGCGCCCCCUAUGGCGGGCACCGCUUCAUCACGGAGAAGUCUGUGUUCGCCAAGUGGGCCAAAACUCAUGCCAUCAAGUUCUUCAACCCACCUUGGCAGCUGUCGUGACCCUGGCUCAACCCACGCGGAAAUACUACACCAUCAACGUCAUUAUCAUCGUCAUCACCAUCUGGGGACCGGCUGAAUCUCAACACUGACAGAAAGCGUGUUCCUUAACAUACACAAACAUCAAUUUUAGCACAAAUUACACUGCAUAUCCAUUUUUUUUGUUGUUUUCUGACAAUCGCCGCUCAAUCAGACCGACUUAUAAUUGAGGUUUGACCAACCCGUACUUCAAAAACAUAUCUCUUGAAAAUUAAGUCUUUUUCACCUGAAUUUGAGAGCUGAGGAAAGUGCACCGCGCGCCACUCUUCAUUGACUAAUUGAUCCAUUUGCUGCUCUGUGAGUACAGCAAAGGAUGCCUCCAUGACGAACUGUAAAAAACAAAACAGAGAAAACAACAUGAAUAAGAAACAACCAUCUGUCAACUUGCAGUGACCUUAGCGGCUCACGUGUCAGCAGGCGCUCUACAUCGCAGAGGCUGCAUUUCAAUGUUUUUCUCAGGCCUGUCGUUGAAGGAGAGCUCAGCUGCUGCAGAGACGAGUCACGUUGCCAUGGACGUCUGAUGAGCUCGCCUACUCUGCUUCCUCUGGGUGUCUGUCUUCUUCUGUCAAGCUGUAAUUAAUCUAUAACAAGUAUAAUUCAAGCCUUCAUCUCGGACUGACGGAGCAUUGAAGGCAGCUUUCAAUUUACUCGGCUCCGUCUUAGGAAGCUUCAACAAACAAGGUCUUUUGGAACAGAAGCUGCAAGCAAGCAAAAACCAGAUUUCAGUCAAACUAGAUGUGUAGAUGUGAAUUUUUUUUUUUUUAUUAUUGUUAUGCUUGGUUGUGUCACACAACUUAAAGAUGUCAGCUUUUUUUCUUUUCUAAUGCUGUGAAAAUGAAUUAAGAGACAUAUUUUGGCAUUGACUUGAUGUCCGGUUGGCUUGAAGUCCGGAUGGGUUGCUAAUUUAUUCUGCAGAGAUAAGUUUCUAACGCUCUUUAACAGUGUGCCAUUGACAAUGUGAGCAUCACAGCACAUAGAGCAAUGUGCAAUUAGAAACUCCAUCCUUACGGAAGGAGUUAAAUCAUUUGUGACCCCGCAGAGGGAGAGAUUUAUGUGUGCAGUGAAACUAUUUGAAGUUAAUUGUAUUCUAUUAUCAUUUUGUGCCUGCAAUAUACUCUGCAGUUCAUUGUAUGGAGACAGAGGAAGAUUCUCUCCGUCUCUCAAGCUCACAUUCUCAUCCAGCUUUGUGCCUCUUUGUGUACAGUAUCACUGUGUGAACACAUCUUUCCAUUUGUCUUUGAACGCAGCGUGCGUGUCUCCUGGUUGGGCCCAUUACGUUUGGAUGCAUCUGUUCCGGGACAGUGAAGAAUAAUCAGUGAAGUGCUGAGGUGUGUAGGUUGGCUGGUAGCUGUGGAGCCUGAGACACUCACACACUGGCUGUGACCGUGACACCCCCCCCCCCGAGGCUGUGAUUAGUGUCCCGGUCAGAGCCGCGGCCCAGGGGGAAGGACUGGAAGGAUUCAAAGACUUCUAAUUUAGGCGACUUGAUGCACAGGGUCCCUGACGACUGUAAUGUUCUGCAGCUGAGCUUCACAAUCUCACUCCUACUGCACAGUACUGUUUAUUAUCACACUCAUUUUCAGCUGUUCAGCAGGCAUCGAUUUGGUGAUUUACAGGUCAAAAGACAUGUUCCUUAAAACUGGCAGGUUCUUGGAUGUCUUGGCCUAGCUACUGUACCAUUAAGGAAUUUGAGGUAAGCAACUUGGGAGUUUGAAUUGUAUAGUGUGGUGAGGAUUUUACAAGCCAAUUACAACAGUUUUAGUAAGAGAGGUGGAUAGGAGAGAUGACCAAGGAACACCAGUUGGGGGUGAACCUCCGAGGACGGAGUUCCAAAGAGUGGUUCGGGCGAUGUUUCAACUGGUGAAGGUUCAGCACCAUUUGGGACACGUUCGGAGGUCAGGGGGGGACCUGGGUACCCCCAGAUUCUUUGCCAGGAUAGAGGGUUGGCUGGGGGCGGGAGUUGGAAACUGCACCAUCAAUGUCAUUGGCGGUCAGCCACGGGGUUGAGACGCAGACAGGGAGCAGCGUAGUGGCGAAGGCGGAAGGGGAAAGCGACAUGGAAGAAGGGGAGCAGCCCGGGGGAGGAAAGAAGCGGUCAGCUGUACAAAAAAUGGGCCCACACAAGCCUUCAGAUUCUGGAGGAGCAUUACGGGUUGGAAACACGGAGACUGCAGGCGACGGUGGCUGCACUCCCGAAGGAAGAUGGCCGGAUGGCUUGGGAAGUGGCUAUGAGGUGGGCGCGGCGCAGGCACAGAAACCUUAAUCAGGCCAAUACUAUCCAGCUGCAGCCCCGGAGCAGAAGCCCCUGGCAUGACGGAAGUGACGUAGCAUUUACCUAGCAUACCGGAAAAUUAAAAAACAUUACUUCCCAUUAUGAUGAAUCGUAUAGUAAAACUGACAAGAGUAAUUUCAACGUGGUCUUUAGGCUACCAUUACGUCAAACAUCUUAAUCUUUCCUGUGUUCCUGUAGUCUAUGUACAGCGAUGGAUAUUAUAGCCUACACGUUUUCCUUUUAUUACAUAGAUGUAACCAAUAACAAAAGUGUGUUCAUUAGAUCAGGUUUAGCCUACUGUAAAGAUCCAGAGGAUCAUCAAGGCAACUGCACAUCAGAGAAUCAAAUGAAGGUGUUUAUUUAUUUAUUAAUAAUUUUGUGUUAAAUAAAUUUACCCACAAGACACUGACCAAUAAGAAAAUUUAAGUCUAAUUUCUCAUGAAAAUCCAGAUUUAUAGGGAAAAAAGUCAGAAAAGGACCUCCGUGCCCAUGUAUAUCAUUUCUAUAAAAAAAGGAAUGAUAAUAUAAAUAACAAAAGAACCAAUUGUUUGGUCUAUACUAUAAAACCCUCGCUCACUCAGUCGGAUGUGUCAUUUCUCACAAAAAUCCACAUGCUGUGUAAGAACUGAUCCCUCUGCAGAAUGAAAAAUAAAACUAUUUGAGACCAGAACUGCUCAUCUUUAUCAAAUAUCUAUCCUUAAAGGUACAGUAAGAACUUGCAUUUAGCAACAACAACAACAACAAAAAUGUACAAUCGCUUCAGAAAUGUUUCUGAUUGGAGGGCUUUUCUCAUGUUUAUUUCAAAGUCCUGAAGCCUCUUGGUGGCCUCUGCGCUCAGAUUUUUCUGGAGGCAGAUUUAAAAGAGGUCCAACUCACUGUCAAAAGGAAGAAAAUAGAAUCAAUAAACAAAUAGUAUAUUCAGUUACUAUACACUUCAUUAUAUAUGAAAACAUCUGUUUAAUAUCGUCAAACCUCUCUUGUCUUUAUCUUCAAACUAGCAGAAUCCUAGUUAGCUCGUAGUUAGCUAGGCAACAUUAUCGACGUAGCAAAGCUUACUUUGUUUUUAAAUGUCUCCAUUAUUUGGCACAGAUUAUUGGAGUGACAGCGAGUAUCCUCAAAUUCCAGCGUAUCCUCAAAAAAACGUAAUUUCUGGUAUUCUACGUCACUUCCGUCACGUCAGGGGCUUCAGCUGGAUGCUACUCCAAUCAGGAGGCCAUGGGGAGGGUGGUGAUUCUUUAGGGGUGGGGUUCGUGGAGCCGCUGCUGGUACCCAUGGCUCUAUACACGGGAUGGGGAAGGCCGCAGAAAUGUUUGAAUUUGACUAUUUUCUAAAGAUAUUUUGGCAGCUUUUUAUGCCUUUUUUUAUUUUUGAUAAGACAGCUAAGGGUUGACAGGAUAGGGUUGAGAUAGAGGGAGGACGACAUGCAGCGAAGGGCCGCAGGUUGGAGUCAAACUCAACCCGCUGCAGUAAGGACUCAGGAUACAUGGGGCGUGCACUCCAACAGGUGAGCUACAGUGCAGCCUAGAUUUGACUACUUUCAGGUCAAUAAAUGAAUAUUUUAUGGGGCUCUCACUUCUGUACAGGCAACUGCUGUAUGUAAGGAUAAACAAUAUGCAUUGAGGUGUCUCUGGGAUUUAUGCAUAAUUUACGUAAUUGGCGUUUCUAGCAACUAUAUACAAUAUAAAUCGUACGGGCUCCGUAAUGUGAGGAAUUGACAACUAAUAUAUAAAUAAAGGUUGAAAAGACCUGGUGCACAGCAGUGCUUCUCUUCUGGGUGCCAGCUGAUGCAGAGCAAACCAAAGUAAACCAGACAACAAAAACACAUUCCAGCACACACCAGGAUACUAAGAUUGUUUUUAUGACAUUAAAAACUAAACAAAAAGGAGCAAACCCUUUUGCUUUAUUAGAUUCGCUCUGUGCUUAAUUGCCAUCAGGUGUGCCUUUAAAUAAUCAGGUGCUGAUUAGCAGGAAAUCCAACAGGUUCGGGCCUUAAUUUGUCUGUCUGAGAACAGCAAAUAUGAUAUGAAAUAAUGAUGUAAAAAUAUACAGAAACAGCUGCCUUUUUAGUUAUGGGAACAUUUCCAGAAUAUUGUGUUUUCUUGUAAAACGCUGAAGUGGCCCUCCUAUGAAAUAACAAUACCAGCACAGCAGUGGCCCCAAGUCGAUUUGUGGUUAGCUGCAAGAACCAUUAGGAAUAGGUUUGCUGUACUAUAAGUGUGCCUGAUUGAUUAGUUAUUACAAUAAGUGCUAAAAGAGCUGUAGAUAAAAUACCGCUCCUGUGCGUGCAUGUUUACUACUCCAUGAACAACUCUCCUGAUGAAGAUGGUGUGAAAUGGUUGAAAUGGUCCAGAAAAAAUAAAUAUCUGGAGGAAUGUUUGUAGCUUUAUUCCAGUUUUAACCAAGACGUCUAUUUUGACCUGCAAAUAACCAAAAUCCUGCCCACUGGGUUCUUGUGUGUCAGCUGUAUGUUUGGAAACAUGUUUGGCUUCUUUUGCUUGAGGAACAGGAAAAUCUGUACUCUUUCUAUGUUUUUCCAGCCAAAGCAAGGUUUGCUCAGCACUUACUAAAGCCUGUCCCACACCUCGAAACUCAUUGUAAGUCAACCUAGCUGACGGGACUGUCAUCAAAAUGUAAAAACGGCCUAUUUUAAAUUCCUCCCAGUGUAGCUCAGCGGAUAGGAGGCGGCCAUAACACAGCCAGGGUCAUGGCUCAGAUUUCCUCUGGGACAACAUGUGCUCGAGAGGUACGCUGCAGCCCAGCACUGCGAGUAGCUGUGGAUCAAAGUGUCCACCACACGAUAUAUGUGAAACAGAAACAUCUUUCGGUACUAGUUUCCUGUUCAGAAAGCCUGUAGAUAAGAUCUGGGCCUCAGGAAAGAGUUAGAAGUUAUACUUUUUUUCUGUUCCUGUGGGAAAACAGUCCUUGAUACUGAAGCGUUAAUUCAAACAGUAUGCCAUGCAUGUUACAUGAUUAAUGUACAUUUUUCAUACAUCGCCACUCAGCCUGUGAUUGUGCAGUCAUCUGGCAGCUCUCACCAAUCAGAUUUACCUCUGCUGUACAGUAUAUCCACCAUAAAUUGUAAAUCGCCUCACACCAAGAUAGGAUAUUAGGUUUUUGCUGGGAGACCUGUUUCAGGUGUGUUAUGGUGCAUUAUUUUAAGAUUAGUUUUUAAAUCGUUUACUCACAACUGGAAGAAGAGCACCAUGUUUCAUUCUAUUUAUCUUCCAUCCUCCUUUUCUUUCUUUAAAAUACUGUUUUUGUUUUUUUGUCCAUGCAGUGGUUUGUGUGCAGCGUGUUUUUGUUUUGUUUUUUCUGCAGCAGGUCGCAUGUUGCCAACAUUUCUUUGCUGCUUCAGGCUGUGCUCUCGGUUAUUUUAUUAUCAACAAACACUCCAUUGUUCUCCACCAGAACACACUGGAAGAAUACCCACUGAUGUAUUAUACAGUACAUUAUGGAGAACACGCCCUUUUAUAGGCUCCCAUGAAUCAUCUGUGGCUCACAGGGAGACGACUGUAGACACUUUCACUGUGAAUAAGUAACAAGAUGAAAAAUAAAAUGUGAGCAGAGUGGGAAAUAAACUAUUGGAUACUUUUGAUUUUUAUUUAUUUCAAGUAGAUUUUUUGCCGGGAGUUGAGAUGAGAAGUAAGAUGAUACCACUCUCAUAUCCGUCUGGUAAAUAUGACACUACAGCAAGCAGCCAGUUAGCUUAGCUUAGCACAAAGACUGGAAACAGAGGGAAACAGCUAGCUUGACUCUGACCAAAGGUAACAAAAUCCAUCUACAAGUGCCUCUAAAGCUCAGUAACUAAGGUUGUAUCUCAUUUAAUUUGGUAAAAACAACAGUUUGUGUUUUUUACAUGUGGUCAUGUGCCCGACUGCUUCUUGGCUCUGAGCUGUUGCCAGGCAACCAGCUGAGACUCCAGGAAGUUACACACAAAUAUUUGUAUUCAUAAUUUCUUUAAUAAUAACAAACAGUGUUCUAGGACAAAUCAGCAUCCACCAGAACACUUGCCAUUACAAAACUGAAACCUUCAUGAUUUUAACAAAGUGCAGGAAAAAAACUACAUCUUCCCAAAAAAAAACCACGUAUAAGGGACUUGUAACGAGGUGUCCUCCACAUUAAAGCUCAACAACACUCAUUUCUAAAGUCAGCUGUUAAGUUGUAAUCCCUGCUGUCUGUAUACCGUUCAGCCGUCUCCAACAGCGACCCCCCCCCCACUCGCUCAUGGACUCCCAUCGUUUGUAGAGUCGUGACAUGUAGCCAACUAAAGUGUAAAAUUGAUGGGAAAUGGUGUUUGUUAGAGCUGAAAAACAGAAAACUAUACUGAUUGUCUACACACAUGAAGUGAGCCACAUGACGUACAGUUGAAACGUGUUCCAAACCUUAAUUUUUUGUUAUUAGUGUAGUUAAACAUUUCGGUGGGAUAUUAAAUGAGGUUUUUGUACUUUGACCUUUGGUUUCAUUUCUCUCUGAAUUGUUUUUGUACUGAUUAAACAAAAAGAAUAUAACCUGUAAAACAGUGAAUCUCAUGAGAGACAGAGCCAGACAAGCUGAUUCUCCCUGUUUACAGUAAGCUAAGCUAACCAGCUGCAGGCUAUUGCUUCAUGUUUACUUUACAGAUCUGGAAGUGGUAUCAAUCUUCUCAUCUAACUCUUCGCCAAAAGGUGAAUAAGCCUAUUUCCCUCAAAAUGUUGACCUAUUCCUUGAAUAACAUGUUUUGCCCUGAAUUCUUGUUAGUUUCUGGUUCUUUUGUUUUCAUCCACAGCCUGAACGGAUCAUUUAAACUGGCCUAAUUUCACGUUCUAAGCAGUGGUGAUUGCUUGGAAAUGGUUUCAGCCAUCGUCAAACCUGAAACAGACUUUUCUCUCUGUACCUCGCUGUAUAUAUGCAAAUGAAAAAAAAAAAAAUAGAAAACAUUGCUUGUCCUCAGUUGCUCUGUAACAGACGUGGCAGUGGAAUGAGGUAGGAGAGGAAGUUGAAAAGCAAAUUGAAGGUCACUUCCCUUAAAACAGAGCUUGCUUUAAAAAAAGUCCUGAUUAAAACGUCUCUGUCUCGAGGUCUGUGGAACAAAGAUGUGAAUUUCAUUACUCGGUAUAAAACGCUCUCAUUAUUUCGGCUCUUUUCUUGCUAUGAUCAGUCGAGGUAAUUACUGUCUGUUUUGGUGUCGAGAGUUCAGAUUUGAAAGAACUUUUGAUUGUCUGACUCCACUUUUUGAAACCUCUUUAGUUCACUAUGUAGCAUUUUAUCCACUCCCUCCUGACUGGCGUACUUGUUGCCAUUUUCCUAAAUGCCUCAAGUGCUUUCUUACGUUUAAAAAUUCAUUUGAUUUUCUCUUUUUCCUGUGUGCAUGUCUAACUAUUAUUUUUGUGUUGUAAAGCACUUUCCUUUUUGAUUUUGAGGUCAAGUGUCCUUGUGAAAUGUGUAACUUUGGGUGUGUGUUGAGUUACAUAGAAUGUAAUAUAACACUGAGGUUGUUAUAAUGAAAGUUUUUUUUUUGCUAACACAGCUAACUCACUCGUUUUAUCGGUGGUAAAAUAACAUCAAAAUGCUGCAUGGAUUAUUGCAGGUUAUUGAAAUGUACAUUUUGUUAAAAUAAGUAGUGGUUAUAUGUACUAUUAUUCUGUCAUUUGCUGUCUACAUAUUAGCUAAAAUUAGAUAUAUUGUGAAUGUUCUUAUUUUUUACCGAUGUGGAUUCUGUCCUCUGUGUCUUUUAUUCUCUGUGGGGAUUAAAGAGAAACUAAAACCCUGUAAUAUGAUUAAAUUCCUUCCUAAACAAAACAGAGUAAGCAGCACCAGAAUGUGAGAAACCUGGUGAAACGUGUUCAUGUUAUAUGAAUGGAGCUGAGCUGUCAUCUCAAAUCCGGCGUCUCAUGAGAUUUUAGAAACAUCAGUGAAGGAGCAGAGAUGUGCUGAGUUCAGACAGUUCUCGGGAGUUUCGGUGAGCAUGAGAGUUUUUUAUGUAACCGCUGCAUAAAUGAACACCAGUUUGAAAUAAUAAUGAUCACAUUCCUGGAUUUUAUGCUUCAGUAAUGAAUAAAGUAUCAGGAUGGAAAAUUAAAGGGGCACUGCAGCAAUUUAGCAAUGCGCUUUUAUAGAUUUGGGGAACUCACAAGAGACAGAUUAAAGAAAGAAUUGUCAAAAGCAAAGCUGAGAUAUCGAGACUUUUUAUCUCUAGUAAGGAUCAAACUCCAUGCCACCAAUCUGUACCUCAGGCUUAUACUUAUAACUUUGUAUAGUCUCAACAUUGUUUCCUAAAAAUUAUCUACAUAUACAACUAAGUUACAACAGCAAACUUAAAGGUCCAAUGUGUAGGAUUUCGUGUAGUUGCAGUUCACAACUCCAUGUAUCUGUGAAACAUUCACUGACAACUUUUUUUUUCUUCCUAUAAUAUCCACUCAUGGCCACUAAAGCAGGAUCUACAAUUUAUAGUUAUAUUUAAGUAACUCAAAGCACUUGGUUAAGACCAGGGAGAGAUGCAGGUCUUGUUAUACAAAAGUUCUACAAAAAGUUAUUAAUAUUAAUAUUAAUUAAUAAAAUAAUGUCAGUUAACAUAUGUAGUAAUUACAUUUCCUUCAAAACUUACAUAAAACAUUUAUCAGUAUAUAAAUGUAAUAUUUAGGAGUCAGGGUUCUCCAAGCUCUCAUACUUCACAAGACUUAGCUCCUCCAGAGCUGCAGAAGACAUUUUAAAAACUGUUUUCAAAGGCUGAGAAGUACUCCUCAUGAUUAGUGAACUGACCUUAAUGUGCAAAAUCAGUGGAGUUUCCCUUUAAAUAUGGGUUGGCUGAGACGUUUUCAGUUUCAGGACUAACUGCAGAAGUGGGUGGACAGGCGUUUAUUUAAAUAGCCUAUCAUCUCACUCUCAUUUAAAAACUACUUAUUUCUAACUGUCAUCCAGUUCCCAAGAUGAUGCCAAGUCUUGCCUUUUGUGAUAUUUAUUAAAAUGUUCCACAGCACAGCAAAGUAAGCUUGGAUAAUGUUGUUAUGUUCGUCCUUUACUCCUUUAAUUUCAUGAGAGUAAUGGACAUGAUGUAAUUUGCACAAAUUUACAACUAAAGAAAAACUAAUGAGCUGUUGGGUAAAUGGAAAAGAAGAAAAACUUCAGUCUACCUUAUCUAGAAGAGAGAAACAUUCCUCCAUUUUCACUACAGUUACCUGACUGUGUCAGACCUCAAUUACUUACUCCACCUUUACUUGAUUUUAUUUUGCUGUGUUUUUUUUGUUUUGCUGGCAACUGUCCUGUAUCAGUGUUUUUCUGUUAUGCGCACAGCUUAACUGAGCAAGGUCAACAAGAAAAACUGGAAUAUAUUCAAUUCAGUGUUUGCAAAUUUGUUCUUGCAGAGUGUUUGACCUCUGGAACGUAUUUGCAGGAGGAUGUGCUCUCCAGGGCCAGAUGGUGCAACAAUAUGUAGCAUUAUCGUAGCUCAGGGACACUUAGGUUGGUAAUUAUAGAAUAGGAGGGAAGCUAAAAAAAAGCCUUCUCCUUCAAAAUAGUCUUCUCAUCAACAGAAACUCAUCCUGACAUAUAUUUGCUGUUUAAAUAACACAUUAAGUGUGUCACUAUUCCAUACAACAUCUCUUGGCCAGCUGGAAAAGUUACAAAAUCAGUUAUACUCAAAUAAAUCAGUGAGCAGUAGUCCUACCAAUGUUUGAGUGUUAUUUAUGUAGACUACAGUGCAUUAUUGACCCGAAAUGUAAUAGAAAGAGAAGUGGAAGAGCUACUCACAGCUGCAAAAUAUUGCUUCAAAACUGAUAACAGCUGAGACAGAUUUUGGAAAAUCGACAAACAGUGGCCAAAAUCUCCGGAAAACACCCUAAAUUUGCAGUUUUACAUAUGUCAGUUGAUGCGCAUAUUGCACCAUUUUCUCUAAGGAGCCUACUACAAGAUUGUAAUGUCUCAAAUAUCUAAAUCCAACAGCAGCCACAUUUCUUCCUCUUGUUGUUGUGAGCAUAAGCAGGGUGCAAACUACAGGGGGGCCAGGGGAGCCCUUAAUAAGUCAUGAGCUGCUCUGAAAACAAAAUAUGUGAAAUAUUGGGCGAUCGCUAAAAUACUGACAAUAUGCUUUUGCCUUGCAUUUCUUUCUGUAUCUUCAUCAUCGUGUAUCAUAUGUACUGUUAGGCUAAUAUUGAUGCAUGAUUCAUGCAUGAGGGUGAUCUAAUUUACUUUAAUAAAGAUACAGGCACACAUGCUAUUGAACAUUGAAGCAUAGUGCCGCAAUAUCAUUAACUUCACUCCCUUUAACUCAAAUAUAAGAAGAAAAAAGUAAAUAAAUUCUUAGUCCCACUGAGUAUGCACACAGAAUCGUUGCAUUAUUCGCUGCUGUGUUUUGUAGUGAGCAUAAUAUGAGUCAAUCAAUCCUCGCUUGAGGCACAAUCACACCCCCACAAGUGAAGAAGUAUAGUUCGCACACUGAGCAUAAGCAGAUCACUGAACCUCACAUGCUAUUGUAAUAAUUCAACAUUUUGAGAAAUACACUUAUUUCAUCUCUUUAUUAUUGAGUUAGAGGAGAAAACCGGUACCACUCUACACUAAAUUUAAAGAUGAGGAGGUAAAAAACACUUCUAGAAAGAGAAUUACUUAUUAACAUAUUCUAUACACAAACAGAAGAAAACAACCGUUUAUGGAGAGUUAUAGUAGCUGUAACCAUUCCUUGACAAAUAGCAGCAAAAGAAAGAGCACAUAGCUCCCUCAACAACCACAAAUUGUAAUUCUUACAUUUCUGUUUGUGUUCAUUAGUUGUUGGUAGGUUCAUAGCUUGCGCCACACUUAGCACAAAGACGUGGUAUCAUUCCUUACAUUUAAUAUACAGCAAGAAGCAAAUAAGCAGAUCUUUUUAAUGUAAAAAAUACAUGUUGAAACACAAUCUGCUGAAACUAUCACAUUUCAUUAUUGGCAAGUUGUUAAAUGGUUUAAAGAACUGAGCAACAAUUAGUUCUUUAAACAUAAGUUUGGUAUUACGUAACGACACUAGAUAUAAUGCUGAUUCGUCUCCUGUGUUCAUGUUUCAGGCUUGUAGUUGGCUGUAGUUUUACUGUGGUCUGUGUAAAGUUGUAUCAUUCAGAUCAUUUUCUAGCCCACAGGUGAAGCCCAAUGAUAUCUGCUCAAAUCCAUUUUCUCACAGGACUUUUGUACCCUGCAUUUAAAUGUUUUUAAUAAAUGAUUGAACCUAA